GAGGAAAACAAAACAAACACUUUUUUACUUUUUCAUCUCUCGGAUCGUUCGGACGUGCUACGCGGUCUCGUCUGUGUGUGUGAGGUAGUGUGCGUGAGCGGAGCGGCGAAAAAGCACAAUUCAAAUUAAAUCGAGUCGUUAUCUGUGGAUUCGGCGGAUACAAUACAAUAUCGUAUCGUUAUCUAUUUACAAACAAAUCGACGUGGAUUAAUAAAAUGCCGCACACGAGUGCAUAAAGCGGCCUAUCUGUGUGUGUCUGUGUCUUUGUGUGUGUCACUCUCUCUUUGAAAUAGUAAACAAAUUGCGUAUAAAGUUUACAGCAAAGUAUAAGACAAACAAAAAUAUUUAUAUAAAACAAAGUAUAUUCUGCAGUGCGUGUAAAAUAUUUCGAAAAGUAGCCGCAAAAAGGCAGCGGCGUCGACGUCAGCAGAGCGUGUGCUGCAAGUGUGUUGGUGAGGCGUAUAUACAUACAUACCAACGCAUAAGUGCAUAUAUAAGGUGGUACAUAAGCAGUGUAUUUAAUUAAGUGAAAUCCAUAUAGUUUUGUGCAUGCGAAAUUGGAAAAAUCGAGAGGAGUUCCGCAGCAGCAGCGCAGCGGCAGAGACGCCACCGACUAACGGAUUUUCACACGCGGUUGAUCAACAUACAGAAUCACGACGACGCGACGAGCGAAAAUGGCCAAAAUGGAGGUCGACGAUGUGGUCGACUUGAGUUUGGGGUCCGGUCGUGACCCGGCGUUGACCAUAACGCCGGCUCCGCCUCCGGCGGCGCUCAGUAAUCGGGAUCUGCGUGCGCUGACGGCCAACAAUGCUGGUCUGACCAUCACUCCGUCAGCAUCGCCGGCGACCAAUAAUGGCACCACCUCCAAUAGCAGUAACACCAACUCCAACAGCAGCAGCACCACCACCACCAACAACAACAGUAGCAGUAACACCAAUAGCUCCAGCACAAACAACAAUAACAACAACAACAACAGCAUUAACGCCAGUGAAGGUGUCACAGGUGCGACAGGUGGAUCCAUAGGCGGCGGUCAGGAUGAGAACAAGGUUCAGCGUAGAGUACUGCGACCACGAACCGAACCCAAAUCCUAUGCCGAGGCACCGGACAUUGUGUUACUACCCGCUCGCACCAAUGGCCGUCAGCAGAACGGGAACAUCGAUUCGGAGACGGAUGAUGAGGAGAUGCCCCCGUAUGUGCCCAUCAAGGAGCUGAGCCAUGCGGAGCUCAAGGAGCGCGAGAAGAGUCUGAGGAAGCUGCGGCAGGAUCUGCGCAAUGAGGAGACCAAACUGAUGCUGCUCAAGAAACUCAAGCAAUCGCAGCAGGUGAUGAAGGAGAAUCUGGUGGUGACGCCGACCAGCGUAUCGCCCAACAAUCCGCUGUCGGCGAUACCCGCCGCCCUCACCUCGAAGGGAUCGCUGAGUGUGACGCCCACGUCGGCGGUACCCCUGCCUGCCCACAGCAAAGGCAGCAGGAGCAGCUUGAGCGGCAGCGGCGGACCGGCAGUGAGCAUAAGCGCCACCAACAGUCGAACGGGCAGCUCGAGUUCAGCGGCUGCUUCGGCCAUUGCAGCGGCCGCCUUGAGCGGCCAACAUCGCAGCGGCAGCAACUCCAUAUUGCCGCCGCCACGAUCAUCGCUGCCCGCUGGUGCCACCUUGGCCGCCGGCACCACCAUCACGCCCGCCACCUCCUCAUCGCACCGCUCGAGCAAUUUGCCGCCGCGCACCAACCUGCCGAAUCUCACCAUCACGCCAUCGGUGACCAUCACGCCCACAUCGGCGCCGCCCUCCAGUCUGAAACCACGCAAUCCUAAUAUUUCGGAUAAUUCGAAGGUACCUGGGACCAUAAGCAAUUCUGUUUCCAUCACGCCGGCGCUACCACUGUCCCAAUCGCAUCAGAAUCAGCACAACGAUCAGAAGAAUGAUCGCUCCACGCCAAGAGAAGAUGCCCAGACACCAGCUCAAAGACAGGCGGCGGCUAAAAUGGCGCUACGCAAGCAGCUGGAAAAGACGCUGCUUCAGAUUCCGCCACCAAAGCCACCACCGCCAGAGAUGCACUUCAUUCCCAAUCCCAGCAACACGGACUUUGUGUAUCUUCUUGGUUUGGAAACCGUUGUGGAUUAUCUGACCGUCAACAAGAAGGCCAAUGCUGUGGCAGCACCAUUCCGUUGUGCCCAGUGCAAGAUUGAUUUUACACCCGUGUGGAAGUGGGAGAAGCAGACCAACAAAGAUCCCAAGGUGAUUUGCGAGCAGUGCGUCACCUCGAAUGUGAAGAAGGCUCUCAAGGCGGAGCACACCAACCGACUGAAACAGGCCUUCGUUAAGGCGCUGCAGCAGGAGCAGGAGAUCGAACAGCGUUUGGCCAGCCAGAGCAGUCCCUCGCCGGUGGACAACCAUGGAUCGAGUGGUGGCGGCAAUUCGCUGUCCGUCUCCGCGGUGUCUAGCAAUUCCUCGUCGUCGCAUAUGCAGCGGGAACGGGAACAGCUGCAGGCGUCGCAUGCAUCGGCGGCUGCUGCACUGGUCAAUCUGCCGCCGUCGGUGACGGUGAUACCCACCAAAUGCCAGACGCCGACACCAGCGACACCGCGUCCAACGCCACCGCCACCACAAAGUCAAGCCACACCACCGCCGUCAUCUGGGGGAUCGCGAUCCUCGCGAGCGGCAGCCACCGCCGCUGCAGCAGCUAUUGCCGCUCAGCAGGCGGGUAUCCUUAGUCCUGGGCCGUCGCCAGCGCAUCACCAUGAGCCGACUACAUCCUCGAGAUCCUCCCGCAACGAUCGACUCGAUCAUCACCACCAGUCGCAGCAGCAACAGCAGCGCGAUCAGCGGGAAAGGGAUCAGCAGCAGCGGGACCAGCAGUCGCAACAGCAGGCCCAAAACUACGACAAAUACUCGGCGGCCACGCUGGCGGCGGCUGCUCAUCUGAGUGCCCUUGGCGGCAUGGGCGGAUUGAACAUCAAUAGCUUGGCCAGUCUAGGCAACCUUGGCAAUCUGGGCAACCUCAGCCAGCUGGGCAAUCUGGCUGCGCUGGGAGGAUUGGGUAACUUUGGCGGAGCAUCGACGGGUUCGGCUAAUCCGGCGGCAGGACUGAGCGGUUCCUCGCCAGCUGCCACGGCGGCAGCCAUGCAGGCGUUCCAGCAGCAGCUCUUUAGAGCUCUGGGACAAGGACUUGGUGGCAAUCCGCAACAUAUGAUGCAGUUCGCACCGCUUUUGUACUCUUACCAAAUGGCCAUGGCGCAGGCGGCACAAGUGGCAGCCUUCAACAAUAACAACAAGAAGAGCAGCUCAUCCUCCGGAUCGGCGAAGAAUUCGAGCAGCUCGAACAGCAUGGCGGAAGUUCAGCGGGCGGCGGAGCUGCAGCGCCAGUAUCUACUGGAGAUGAUUCCGCCCCAGCAGCAAAGUGGGGCCAGCGGCAGUCGGCAGAACAACUGGAAGGCCUAAAAGGCAUCCAACUAACGUAGAUUACAAUUGACAGGCAGAAACGUAAAACAAACAGAACAGCAGCAGUAACAACUAUUAUUAUGAUGGUUUUCUUGAUUAGGUAAUUUUAUAAUUUUAACAAAACGGAAGCAACAAAAAAAAAAAAAAAACAAACAAUUUAUAAGAAACCAACAUCAAAUAUACACGUAACUAUUAAUUAUGCUACUUGUAAACAAUAAUUAUACAUAAUUAUACAAAACGGAUGAAAGCAAAACAGAGCCGAUCUAAACAUAA